GACAAACAUGCAAAAAAAUAAGAAAUCAAGAAGGGGGCAAACACUUUUUCACACAACUGUACAUGGGAUGGGACUCUCACAUGGGCCCCACCAGCAGUAGGAGGUGGACAGAAUGGAGUAAAGGGAGUACACAAGACUGGCACCAGAUUAGUUCCCACAUUGCCGACCACCUCUCCAGAGCUGGGUUUUCUCCUCGGCACGAGGUUGACGCUGGACUGCUCUUUCUGCACCGUGCCAUUAAAAUAAACCUCUCACUGCUUGAUUUGCUCCUGAAUGCGAAGCCAGUGAGAGGGACUGUAAAGAAUGUGGUUGAGAACGUACUGCUGGAUACAUCAUUCAGAGAUUUUUGUUAUUCUUCAAUAGAAAAAAUAUUGCAAUGUAGCGUUUGGCUGUGUUGUUGGGUUCCCACAGUGGAAAAGGCCUAUAUUGUAGUGGUGUGACUCCAACCAAUCACUAAUUUUCCUUCUGUUUGUUUCCUAGAUUUGAGAAGCAAACUGAAGUCAUCACUUGAAAGAUUGCUCUAUAUGCGAUGCAAUCUGGAUGUCCACAUAGCCUAGGAGGAUUCUAUUCUGCAUUCCAACACAGGAGUAACGUUGGUGCUCGGUCAUCACCUCAGGCCAUCAAUGUUACACCUGUACCGGUGGUUCACCCUGAGAAUGAAAUACAAAACAACAUGGUAGCCUCUCCAUAUCCCGGGGAGCUUGGAGUGGCUCACGGCCCUGCUCGGUUGCAGAAAAGCUAUGGACAAUCACAACAAAAUUCACAGGGACUCCACCACCAACAGGAGUCACUGGUAAGUACAGUAAGCACUGGAUCCCAGCCCCCCAUAUGGACUAAUACAACAACUAAGUUGUAUUCAUCAGCUGACUUUUAUUCAUCAGCACACAUCUCUGCACAGCACGGCAGUAAUUUUGGGACAUCAGUUAAUGGUUACUCUGUAAGACAAUCUGUUGAUAAAAGUGGACAACAAAGGGAAUAUUCUAAGGAGAAUUUCAGUAGACAUUUUCUGAAAGAGUCGGAUUUGGACAAGAAUACUGGACUGCAGCAAAGAAAACAUUUUUCCAAUGGUAGCAAUUCUGCAGCACUACAGGGAGACAGCCUUGAAGUAGCACAGACAAUUCCUCAAAAGGUUCAGUGUUCCUCUGCGCAGAAAACUUCUCCAAUGCUGUUUGACUUACUGACAGAAAACCCACCCGAAUCCAAAUCCUUUACCUCCACAUCUUCUUUAUCAGAGGAAACUAAUGCCAACAUGGCGCUCAAUACUGUUACUCAUGUUUCAGGCAGAAGACACCAUAAAGAUCUGCAAGUUAAAGAUUCACUAGCUGCUCUAAACUGUGGACAGACUAGAAGACAACACCUACAUCAUUCAGGAGGAACUCCUUCCACUUCCCAUCAGCAGCAGGUCUCCUUUCCUUCCCUUAGCCAUCAGCCAUCCACAGACAAAGUCUUGUCAGUUGGAGAAACGGAACCGCCUACAUCAGUCGAAAUACAUGCCUUUAUUGCAGAAAAGCUUGCAUAUUUUCGCGACUGUUUAACUAAAAAAAACAGAAAUGAUAGACAUGCCAAUAAGGAGUUGGGCAGGGACUCCACACUGCAGUCAAUGCAGUCCCAUCUCCCCACAACCUCUGCCUCUAAAGAAGAAGAUUUGGAGAGGCAGAGUCUCAACUGUGCUGCGAAAGAGUACUAUGCUGCAGUUGGACAAGCACUUGAAGAGGACAGUUCAAAAAGCAGCAAAGCAAAUGCUGAGUUAAUGCCCCAGUUUAACGAGACGCGUGAUUGUGCUACAUCUGCUUCAGAGAAACAUUCAACAGGUAUACUAGACACUGCUGUAGAAAACUCAAAACAUUCUCCUAAAAAUGUAUCCGUAGAAAAGAGUGCAUUGGUAGUUUUUGAUUUGUCAUUAAAAAAACAUUUGGAUAUAUCUAUGCCUGCUAAUAGCCAUUGCAAACUUGUUUAUUCGGAUGACUGUGAAGAUACAUUUAUCAGUAACAAUGAUGAAAGUUUCCGUAGUAAAUGGUGCGAUAAGUACUUAAAGAAUGGCAUGAGCACUCUUUAUUAUUCCCCAACUGCACUGAAGGAGCUCAUUGCCAGUCUAGAGACUGUAGACAGCAUUGCCGAGACAGAUAACGUUUCUAAAGUCAUACUGCAACAAUAUUGGAAUGCGAAUAUAGAUAACGUUAAUCUCUUUGCAUCCACAGAAUAUCCACAAAUAAUGCUGAAAGUUGCUGCCACUUGUACAAAGAAUGAAGAUGAGAGUCCAUGGGUUAUCACAGCAGUGCCUGGAGUGACCUGGGAUGACAUGAGGGAGAAGCAACCCACUUUAAUGUUUAACCACAGCUUGUCGCAAGAAGAAUACAAGUCUCAUUUGUUAUACAGCAACAAGAAUUUGGAUGACAUAGACCAAGUGCCUGGUGCUUCAUGGGCUCUCAACCACAUGACAGAGAGGGAGAAAGAAGAUACAGCCCUUAAAACUGUGGAGACAGUAGGAUUGGACAGUGCGCAAGGUAUGGCUGAUGUCUCGGAGGAUCCUCAAACUAAGUCAAGUUCAGUGGCGUCUGGAAACAGAACAUUUGGAUUCUCACUCAUUGAAAAUCGAAAUGCAAAAAAAAAGAAAAGUAUUGAGGAUCCACAACAUUGCGGGGUUACCCGUAAGGAAGCACAUUCAGAGCUAAAUUCUUCAGUUGGGGAAAUUCUGAUCCAUAAUGUACUAUCAAUUCCUACAAACCAAAGUGAAUGGCAGAGCAGCCAAAAAAUUCGUGACUGUGCGAGGGAGGACGCUGGUUCUGCGCAUUCACAAAGUAAUUUAAGCAUAGUACCUGCAAACAAGUUACAAAAGCAUGCUCCGCUAUGUGAAAGCAAGGUUGAGGAAGCACAUCCACCGUAUGAAGACGUUUCAGACGAUGACAUGUCACAGCUGGCCACAGAACUACCAAACACAGAGCAUGGGGAAUUUAACAGUCCUGCUUGUCUACAGUAUGAAGAUAUAAGUGAAGCAGAAAGUCAGACUGAGUCUAAGGUUGUAAACCCCUCUGUUUCAUGUAGUCCUUCCUCUGUGUUGAACAAUGAAGUUGAGACUGAUGAUGAGAUGGAUGAUGACUAUUUAGUCAUACCUAUAAGCAUUUUCAACCUUAAAUAUGAACCAGAAGAUGACCAGGAUAGCCCAGAAACGAUUGUCUCAGAAGGUGGGGAAACAGGAGUCCAAGAAAGACAGUGUCCAACACACUGCCCAUUUUCAAAUCUUGCGCUAGCUACUGCUUUUCCCCCGGUGCUGGUGUUUGACACACAGGAGUGCUUUCUGCAAGCUGUGCAAUGUGAAAAUAUGAUUGAGGUGGAAUUAGGCAUUAGCCCCCUUGAACAUGAAAUGGACUCUGAGGGAGAUGUACAGACACCUCAGAAGAGAAGAGUGUCUGUAGACGGCUGUGAAACUGUAGACAGCUGUGAAACUGAAGACAGUUGUGAUUACUCAUCUGCAUCAGAACGCAACUUUUUGACAGUGUCCAGGGAGAUGUUGAGUAAAAGCUCAGCACCUGUGCCCUUAGAGACAGAUGAUUCUACGUCUGAAAAAGAGGGUGAGGGCAAUGAGACAAAAAAUUUGCAAAAAGACCAAACGAGGGGCGUGGACAAGUUGCGCAGUAUGCAAAAACCUAGACAGCCGUUUCAAGCCGAAGCCCGCUGCGCUAAGCGUGUUAGUUUAAAAAGGGAGGACGUAAUAAUCAUAGACUCUGACACAGAGGAUGAAGAUGAUCAAAAAAAGGCAAAAAUAAAGAGGAACAGGUUACACUCUUCAGGAGGCUCAGAGGACAGUGGCAAUGACACACAGUUUAGAGAAGCAACGGCGGACGCGUGCUCUGACCUGUUUCACAGUGGACCGCCGAUUGAAGUUACAGGUGUCUCUGAGCAUGUACUACACAACACCAACAGACAAACAACGUCAAAAAGAAGAGUAGAUAAACAUCAUUCUAAUGAAGUGGUUAAAAAUGGCCAUUUCAAGAAAAUGAAGGCAGUUGCAGAAGGAAUAUUCUCAUCAGGAUCAGAGGACAGUAGUGAUGAUUUAUUUGCUACAAAUAGCAGACCAAUUGAAUCUGUGGACCGUCUGUGUAGAACUGCUAACGCAAAGCCUCCAAAAAAACAAUUGUCAUCUGGAGACUCGCCAGAGAAGCAGGCCCAGUCUGUGAGGAAGGUGGCAGACUCCCAUUUGAAUCUCAAUCCUGUGAUUCCUCGCUUUGUUGCGGAGUCUUCUGGAGCCAAAGGCCGCUUGAAACUUUUAAAAGAACCUGUAGUCCACACACAGGGUAAAGAUAGAACUCUGUCUCCAGAGACCUCCACGGCAUCCAGCAAAAAGGCAAAGUCCUGUGAAAAGAAUAAAGCACAUUUGAACAGAAAUGAAAAAGUACAAUUCCCCACACCCGAGCCUGCAAAUAAUAGAAACCAAGGAAUAAAGAAUAAUGUUUGGGCAAACGUACAAAAACGUGCAAUGGUGUCAAGACUGCUUUCCUUACCUAUGCAGGAAGGCCCAUCCACCUCCUUCAAUAGCUUGUCAGCCACAGGUGGACAACUCAGACAAAGUGCCGUCUCCUCAAGAGGUUUGUCUCCGUCAGAAGCCUUCUCUAGUCUUCCAUAUGAUCCCAGAGAACAAUCUGUUCCACCCAAACUGCAGCGGUCUUACAGCAACCCCUCAACAUUAAAACAUCCUCCUACAAAAGGCCCAGCAUCAACCAUGCAAUUAAAUGCAACUGGCAACGCAAAGGUGCAAGUGAAUAGCAAUCAUCCAAUCAGGAGAGACGGUAACAAUUUAAGACCAGGACCUAGUCACCAUGACAGGGCUGGUGGUGUCAGGGCACCCAGAAAGAGGCACAACUCUCACAAGCCUGCAACAAGCCUGAUGAAGAGAGCCACUAAUGAUGCCAAACAGUGGACGAAGGCCAUAAACCGGGUUUCCCACAAAGAAAGAAGACACUCUGUGGGUGAAGGUUACAAGUGGUCAGAGAAGUCAACGGCAAAGCCAACAAAAGGUUCCAGCAUGGACGAGAAGAAGGGUAGAUCCCCUCCAAGACCUUAUCUGUGAGAAAAGGGUGCCAGUGUCUAUAAAUCCGAGUCAAGUUUGUUUCGCUUCCAAAGGGACAGCUGUUGCUGUUCUUUAGGUCUUUUGAUUUUUCAAAGUGUGUGUGUGUGUGUGUGUGUGUGUGUGUGUG